AUUGUUUGGACUCUAAGAAGUAGGUUGGACAAUAUUCGACGCCGAAGAAAUUCUUAAAGGAAAUCGACUAACGAAGGGGACAGGAUGGCGACUCUUGUUGCUUCGCUGUUCUUGGUGUGCCUUCUGACUGGAUCCACCACGGCUGCCAGUGGCCAUACCUCUGAUUUCUGCUAUCCUGGUAUGGGUUGCUUCCCUUCUCAGGAAGAGAUUAUUAAAGUGGCAGUUUCCCUGGAAGACGGUUUUGAUGCGCUCCUGUGGCCCGGCUCCCCACGUUAUGGCAACAUCACCAUCAUGAAAGAUAUCAUAUACACGAGGUUCCCAGCCUAUAUAUAUCUCGUGAGGUCAGUCGAAGAUGUCCAGAAGGUGAUGCUGUUUGCCCGGAAGUACGACCUCAGAGUGACCAUUCAGUCGUCUGGCCACGACUACAUCGGACGGUCAACGGGGGAUGGUAGCAUCAUGAUCAAUCUCAGCAGGAUGCAAAGGAUCGACAUAAACCUAAAUUCUCUCUUGAACGCUGACGGUACCAUCAGAUCAGAGAGUGGAAACAAUUGGGCAAGGGUCUAUGAAGAGGUGAAUAAGCAGGGUCGUGUUGUUGUCGGUGGGAGUGCCCACACGGUUGCCAUGGGAGGGUACACCUUGGGUGGAGGUCAUAGUCCCAUGUCAAGGUCACUCGGUCUUGCAGUGGACAACCUUUUAGAGGUUACUAUGGUAACAGCAGAUGGUUCUAUCGUCAAUGCGUCCGCAUCUGGGACAGUAAAAGUGGCCCCUGAUGGAUCUGUGACACACUCUGCCGACCCUGACUUGUUCUGGUCUCUAAGGGGAGGGGGAGGAGGAACGUUCGGCGUCGUGACCAGCUUUGUCUACAAACUCCAUAAACCACCAUCAGCAUUUGGACACAUGACGUGUGUGUUUCGAUUCCACAGGGAGAAUGACCAAGACAAAGCUAAAGACUUAAUCAAAUUCUACUUCGACCUUGCCAAGACCCUGCCCAAUGAAUGGGGAGGAUACUUUCUUGGAACCAAUGACUAUGCUGAUGUGACGUACCAGCAUGUGGAUUACAUUGUAUCAAUGCUACAUUAUGGCCCUUCCUCUCUUCCGUCUUUUGCCAAGAUCCAACCUUUGGUAGAUUAUCACCCAGAGUGGCAGUCAGUCAAGUGUUUUAAACAGGACUUUGCUUCAUUCUGGGACUACGAGGUAACCGCACAGGACGCCCUCUACACACGCGCCGCCCUCGUAACAUCACUGGUCAGAGCUGGCGACUUUGAUGACAACAUGGCUGCAACGAUACGCGACAUCGUGAUGGUGCCACCAACAAACACGUCCCUCGGCUCUUGCACAAACACCCUUAUCGGGGGUCACGUGAGCACCGUGGGCGACGAUGACACCUCUGUGAGCCCCAACUUCAGGGCAGCUCUUGCCUCCUUGUCCUGUGGUGUAGGCUGGGCGAAUAACCCAACUGAUGAUCCCGAGAACCUUGCCGCGGCCGACAAGCUGGAGAAGCGACUGCAUAGACUGGGCCAUGGUAUCUACCUGAAUGAGCCCCCCGCCCAGAUUGACAACUGGAAAAAUGACUUCUGGGGGCACCACUAUCCCCGGCUCCUUGCGACGAAGAAGACGUGGGACCCCAGCAACUUCCUCACGUGUCUCUACUGUGUAGGCUCCGACCUCGGCCGAAACUACGGCAACCACCGAGGAGCGCCUAUCAUUGGCUGACAUUAGUGUUCAGGUUUACGAUUAUUUGUACUAAGCAUUUAAUAAAAUACUUCUUUCGAA